AGAGUGUGGUGGGUGUGCGUCGCACUGCUGGUGUGGACUCCGCACACAUACAGCAGGGAGUUCACGCACGAAGACAUCAGAGAAGCCAUGCUGUCCCUGGUCCACAUGAUCCGGAUGUCAGAAGACAAACUGGAACGACAUGAAUUCAGAGAGAGGACUCUUGGAGACCAGCUGAAGAAAAUGCUGAUCGGGCUUGACAAGAAACACAGAGCUCUGGAACCAUUGAAAGGGAUGAUCUCAAGACUUGACGACCGUCUGUCUAACGUGGAAACUAUACUUCUACAGAGAGAAGAACGUGAAAAGUCAUCCCAAGCGAAAAUAAAUGAAGCACUAGAAGGCAUACAGAAGGCGCUGGUGGCGUUAGCACCUGCUCCUCCUCCACCGAUAGACCUGGACAACAACCUGUCUGCCAACGACGACGCUAUUCAACGGAGGCUAGACACCACUGACGCUAAGAUCGACGCUGUCAAGAAGGAAAUCAAAACUCUGAAAAACACUUUAAAUCCGGAGACAUUCCGUUCGAUGUGCUUAGAAGCAGCUUCCGACACAAAUCCAUUUGAGAAGCACAUAUCAGAAGCUGAGAAACUUCUAAACAAAUAUGAAACGAAACUCAGUGAGUACAAUGGAACCAAAGUGCAGACCGACUUCGUACCACUGAACGAAGUGUCGCUAGCUGACGAGGCGUGGCACAGCAAGAUGAGUGAAGUGAUGGAGCGCCAAGAAAAGGAAAUAAAGAAGAUCCAGCAGUUGUUGUCUGACGCGGAGAGCAUGUGGAAGGACCUCCCGCGACUGGCCGACAUCAACCGCGCCACCAACCAGACCAUUGACACCGUCACCAAGGCCACGGAGACCAUGCUUAUUAACAAUGAAAUGGCCGUGAGUAAAAUCUCGACCAAACUCCGAGAAAUGGGUGACAGACUGGUGGCUACCAACGAAGACAUUCAGAAGAGCCUGACGCAGAGCAACACCAUGACUGAACGCGCAUACAACGACAUCACUAUGAGCUACGAAACAUUGCGGACUGAGGUUCAGUUGCUAUCGAAGAGCGAGCAAGUUAUCCUGGAUACGGCCGACAAUGUGGUGGCGACGCGCAAGCGCAUCGAGUACGGCGUGCACCAGAUACUUGUGGAGGUCGGGGACCUCAUCAAGGUGCAACAAAUUCACAUGAAUAGAACUGUUAGCGACAAAUUGGACAGCAUCGAGUCAGCUAUAACCAAGAACCAAACGAAUGCGCUGAACGCCUUGAAUGCUCACAUCGCAGCGGAGAUGUCACAGGUGUGGCGGCAGAUCGGUAUCAUGCAUUCACAGAUCAUGAUGAGCCAGAAUGCAUUGCACAAUCUCUCAGAAACAUCCGAGCAAUACAUUAACAGCAGUACGACAACCAUGGACACAGUAAAGAAGGAAGUCGACGGCAUUACGACACGCAUCGUAGAGUUAGGUGAAAACCUUAACUAUGUGCUCGGCAAGCUGUCGCUGUCUACACAAGAGUUCCGGCAAAUGGCCAUCAGCUUGACGAAGGCUUUAGACAGCGCUAAGAAGAUUAGCAGCACUGUGCCCACUUUGGCUGAGGAUGCUGGCCCCGGACCUCACAAGAUUGAAAGUGAUGAAAAAACAACAUAAUUAUUAAGCAACUGAUACCAAAUAACAUAGAGAUAGUUAAUAACAAUUAAACAUAAGUUUUUACCGCAUAGACUAUUAAUCGUAAGUCGACUGACGUGAGGUGUUUUGUAUGAAAAUAAAACUCGUAUGAUAUUAACUUUUGCAAAUAUUUAAUCUCUUUCAUAAUUGUGGAUCUAUAUAUUUAUAUUGUACAAGUUAUAUGAUACAAUCAAAUUUUUUUCGUGACAGAUAUCCCAACGUCAUAUACAAGUGAGCGCAAAAAACCAACAAUAUACAACUGACAAAGAUCCUCUAAGAAAAACGUGAAUCAAUCAACUGUACAAUCAUAAUAUUGAUAUAAUAACUUUUACUGAUCUUAAAUAAUAUACAUACAAAUUAUUUGUC